GACUCGCUUGCUCUUUCUCGCACUUCUCCACUUCCCUUCUCUUGUGCUUCCGUCGUCCCGUCGCUCUUUCUCUAACGAUGUGAAAUCAAUUUCUUCUCCCUUGUGCUAUCCCCAUGGAAACGUGGUGGCCACGCUCGUUGGAAAGGCAUCUCAAGGCCAUUAUUUCCUCGUCCCGCUCUUCUCGCUUCUCCUUUCCUUCCCUCACCAAAGCCCGCUCCUUUCGGACCUUAUCGCCUCUUUUGACCACCUUCGACAGCCUGCAACAUCCCUUAAAUCAGGCGUCUCUACUCCGGCCUCCAUCUCUCCACCGCCCUAUCAUUCUCCGCCUCCUCGACUUCCGCCCCUACGCCAUCGAUUCAGCAAAUAACUUCUCGUCUCUUUCCCCUGGCCAGGAAUUGGACUGGAAGGACCACCACCUCCAACACCAACAUCAAAACCAACCUGUCUCAGAGGACGAAACGUAUGACGAUCACCUUGUUGAGGUUCAGCAGGCGAAGCAGGGCCGGUUCAUCCCCGUCAAGGCUUACUUCCUCUGUACUAGCAGCAUCGAUUUGAGGAGCUUGCAGGCGCAGAAUGCUUUUAAUGUGAUUCCUCCGAGCUCUCGCGCCACCAAUUAUGUGGUUCUUCGGUACUAUGAUUUCAAGGGAGAUCAGGCUGUGGAGUUUAGCUCUUUAAAUGAGAGUAAAUGCCACUACAUGAUAGUAUUCCAAUAUGGAUCUGUUGUUCUGUUCAAUGUUUCUGAGCACGAGGCUGAUGGAUACUUGAAGGUUGUUGAGAAACAUGCAUCAGGUUUACUACCCGAUAUGAGAAAAGAUGAUUAUGCCGUAGUAGAGAAGCCUACUCUGGAUGUAUGGAUGCAAGGUGGGCUUGAUUACAUCAUGCUUAAGAAUUUGAGCAUAGAUGGAAUCCGAACAAUUGGAAGUGUUCUUGGUCAGAGCAUUGCUUUAGACUACUAUAUCCGGCAAGUUGAUGGAAUGGUUGCAGAAUUCACUGAUAUUAACCGAGGGAUGGAAAAAACUGGUACCUUUACCAUGCAAAGGAAAAAACUUUUUCAGUUGGUUGGAAAAGCAAACUCAAACAUGGCAGAUGUCAUUCUAAAACUUGGACUUUUUGAGAGGACAGAUAUUGCUUGGAGAAAUGCGAAUUAUGCUCAGAUUUGGGAAUAUCUUCGGGACGAAUAUGAGCUUAGUCAAAGGUUUGGAAACCUUGAUUUUAAGUUAAAGUUCGUUGAGCAUAACAUUCGCUUCCUUCAGGAAAUUCUUGAAAACAGGAAGUCAGUCUUUUUGGAGUGGCUUAUCAUUGUCUUGAUAGGCGUCGAAAUUCUGAUUUCUGUCUUCAGUAUUGUUCAGGGAUUAUAAGAUGAAUUUAGUCCUAAGGAAUGUGGUGAAGCUUCCACUGAAUCUAACCACCCAACUUUGAAGCUCGAUAGGCGCAAGUGCAAGAAUGGUUGUCUGUGUACAUGUAUCGUUUAUGUACAUAUUAUGCAUUUGAGCACUUUCUAUUGUACUUCAUUUUAAUGAGUCAAUUGGCAUACUUAAAAGCAAUUGAAUAGUAAAAACGUAGUACAGUGGUGAACAAUAACAGCGUUUUUACUACUCAUUCACAAAAUUGAAUGAUUUUCUACGUUCGGACUCUACACGUAAUAAUCUUUCUAGUUCUAUAUCCAA